UGUGUGAAUUGUUUAUUAUUGAAUCAUGUGAAUUGUUUACAACUUUGUGCGGCUUUCGAAAUACUCUAUGUUUACAUACAUAGAUUAGUACGUGGAAAUUUCAAAGAAUUUGUAACACUAAUUUGUAUUCUUUUGGUAACCAGUUUGUAAAAACAAGUGAAGAUGCCCAAAUUCGUUGCGGACAAAUCGCUAUGCAAUAUCAGCCUGCGUAAUGCCUGCCUGGGCAUAGCGAUAUUCUGUCUGGUCAUAUUGGUGCUGGGUGUCGUAAUGAUACUGGUCCGUGGCAACUGGCACUUCACCUCUCCACUUAUAGGUUAUAUUAUACUGCUGAUUAGUAACUUAGCAUUGCUUUUCGGUGCCUUAUUGAGUAACGCCUGGCUAGUCUUGGUUUGGCUUGUGCUUGCCGCGGUGUUCUUCAUCUUCUGGUUCAUUGCACUGUUUGGUGUAAUUUUCAAUUAUGGAGAUUAUCGCGCAGCGGCGCCCUCCGACAACGUGUAUCUCAAUAUAUUUGCAGACAUUCUGGAGCUGGUGAUUUUCGGUUAUUUCGCGUAUCUGGUCUUCUCCUAUUUCUAUCAGUUGAGGAACAAGCAGUCCGCUACAUCUCACGACGUGUAGUUUCAAUACUUAUAUAAAUUAUAUGUGCUUAUGCAUAAGUGUACCAAUGUGAGUACAAAUAUUGUACAAAAACACCAAAAUAUUAAUAUUCUUUUUCAUUUAUGCCGCAAUGCAGACACCAAAACUUAUGCAUUAAGAAAUUUUAUAUUUUGUAUGCCAUUAUUGUUCGCUUGACCGAGAAAAAAAUUUGUAGCACCUUUUAAAAUAGUUACACACUUAAUAUGCAUUUUUACAAUUUUUUAUAUAUAUGUGUGUGUAUCUUUUAAAAUUUACGUAUAUAUGUGGGAGCAUUGACAACUUUGUUACUGUAAUUAAUAAACAAAAUAAAAGAAAAAUA